CCGGAACAUCUGUUGAGGGCAAUUCUCCACGGAGAAAGUUAAAUGCGAAAGUAUAAAUUUGGCUAGAAAAGCUGCAUCAAGAGAAACCAUCUUUCUUUUCAUUUGUCCUAAUUCAGGUUGAAUUUAAUUUUUCCAGAAAGUCUCGUCUUGACGUUCGCAACUAUCGAAAAUCCGAGACAAGCUAAACAAAUUUGAAGAACUUUGAGGAUAGACGGUUAUUUUCUUUAGAAAACAAGAUGACCCAAACAGAUUUGAAAGAUACUUAUUCUACAUUGGAGAUCCAAAAAUUGGAGCAUGAUUACGCUGCUCACAAUUACCACCCUUUGCCGGUCUGUUUCUCCAAGGCUCAAGGUGCUAAGGUAUGGGAUCCUGAAGGAAAAGAGUAUUUGGACUUUCUUUCGGCUUACUCUGCUGUCAAUCAAGGACACUGCCACCCUAAGAUUAUUGGUGCUUUGAUUGAGCAAGCUCAACGUGUAACUUUGAGCUCUCGUGCGUUCUACAAUGACAAGUUUGGUCCUUUUGCCAAGUAUGUCACUGAAUAUUUUGGUUACGAGAUGGCCAUUCCCAUGAACACUGGUGCCGAAGCUGUCGAAACCGCCUGCAAGCUUGCUCGUCUUUGGGGUUACAAGCAAAAGAAGAUCCCUGAAAACGAGGCCAUCAUCCUCUCUUGCGUCGACAACUUUCACGGCCGUACAAUGGGUAUUAUUUCCAUGUCCACUGACCCUGAAGCUCGUGACAACUACGGUCCCUAUUUGCCUAACGUCGGCCCCAUGGUCGAGGGUUCUGACCGCGUCUUGCGUUACAACAACCUGGACGACUUGAAGUUCUUCCUUGAAUCAUAUGGCCCCAGAGUUGCCGGUUUCUUAGUUGAACCCAUUCAAGGUGAAGCUGGUGUUGUUGUUCCUGAGGAUGGCUACUUGAGAGCUGCUUACGAAUUGUGCAAAGCCCAUAAUGUGUUGUUUAUUGCAGACGAAGUCCAAACCGGUAUUGCUCGUACUGGUAAAAUGCUUUGCAUCGAACACUCUGGCGUCAAGCCUGAUAUGGUCAUUCUCGGAAAGGCUAUUUCUGGUGGUGUUUACCCAGUCAGUGCUGUCCUUUCUUCCAAGGACAUCAUGCUUAAUUUUGAACCCGGUACUCACGGAUCUACUUACGGUGGUAACCCUCUUGGUGCUGCUGUUGCCAUCGCUGCCCUGCAAGUGGUCAAAGACGAAAACUUGGUUGAACGUGCUGCUGUCUUGGGCGAGAAAUUCCGUAAUGCUCUAAAUGAUACCAAGUCCCCUCUCUUACAAGUUGCUCGUGGUCGCGGUCUCUUGAAUGCUAUCGUCAUUGACGAAUCCAAAGCUAAUGGCCGGAGUGCUUGGGACUUGUGCUUGAUUAUGCGCUCCCGAGGCAUUUUGGCCAAGCCCACACAUGGAAAUAUUAUUCGUCUUGCUCCUCCUCUAGUCAUUUCUGAAGAGGACUUGAUGAAGGGUAUUGAGAUCAUCAAACAAGCUUUGAUUGAGCUUCCCACGAUCGACAUGACACCCUUCGCGGAGACCCCUAUUCAUUGAAUAGCUUUCUUUAAAAAGGUGAAAGGGAGAAAAAGGUAAUUAAUAGAUAAUUUACGGGAUUUACAGCCGUUACUCUACCAUUUAUGUAUGCAGCACAAGUUGAGUUAAUGAAUGUAAAUAAUUUUAUUACUCUGCUAAACAGCAAGUUAACAUGUAAG